AUUAGGGUUUUAGCAACGUAUAAAUUCCAUAAUUGGCGUUUCUUCAAGCUCCCUCGUUUUCUCUCCCACCAAAUAAAGGCGGCUAGGUUCUUCUGUGCUUCUCCUCCUCUCCUCGAAGCAUGGCUAACAACGCAGCCGCCCCAGCUCGUCAGCUUUCUCAAAAGGAGGCUGACAUUCAGAUGAUGUUGGCCGCCGAGGUCCAUCUGGGCACCAAGAAUUGUGAUUUCCAGAUGGAACGCUACGUCUUCAAGCGCCGUAACGAUGGUAUAUACAUAAUCAACCUUGGAAAGACAUGGGAAAAGCUUCAGCUGGCAGCCCGGGUUAUUGUUGCAAUUGAGAAUCCUCAGGACAUCAUAGUACAGUCUGCAAGACCUUACGGUCAGAGAGCAGUCCUUAAGUUUGCUCAGUACACCGGUGCCCAUGCAAUUGCUGGAAGGCACACACCCGGUACGUUCACCAACCAGCUGCAGACGUCGUUCAAUGAACCCCGUCUCCUCAUACUUACCGAUCCAAGGACAGAUCACCAGCCUAUUAAGGAAGCUGCUCUUGGAAAUAUCCCAACGAUAGCUUUUUGUGACACUGAUUCGCCAAUGCGGUAUGUUGAUAUUGGGAUCCCUUCCAACAACAAGGGGAAGCAUAGCAUAGGAUGUCUCUUUUGGCUGUUGGCAAGAAUGGUUCUACAGAUGCGUGGUACUAUUCGUCCGGGGCACAAGUGGGAUGUGAUGGUGGAUUUGUUUUUCUACCGCGAGCCUGAGGAGGCUAAGCAACUAGAAGAAGAAGAAGCAGUUGCCAUCCCAGAUUAUGGUCUUGCUGAUUAUUCUGCUGCUCCCCUUGCAUCUGAUCACUGGCCAGUUCAAGGUUCUGAUGCCCAGUGGAACCCUGACGUUCAGCAACCUAUUUCAGCAGUUCCUGCUGCUCCAUGGGGCUCAGAGCCAGCUGCAGUCCCUUUAACAGGUGAAUGGGAUCCUAUUCCGGCGCCAGCAGUGCCUGUUAUUGAAGGUGCUCCUCCUGCUUCUUCAGAUUGGGAGUGAAUGGAGUUUGAAAGUGUUUUUUAUUAAAUUGCUGCAUUUACAAUUGUGAGUUAGUUUUUCUAUCAUUUUCAAUUUUCUGUUGGGAAAUGUCUUUAUUGGCACAUCUUAGUCUUGAGACUGAGUUCCUUCUAUUUUUGAGUCUUUUGUUGCCGUUUUAAGGGAGAUGCCUUGUUUUGAUAUAUUUUAAUACUGAAUUUUUUUCCACCAGUGUAAGACUUGUUUUGCAUGUCUUCUGAAUGCAAUUAAUAGAAGGAUGUAAUUUUUCCGUACAAA